CCCGUCGCAUGUACAUCGCAAUUAGUAAAUUAGAAAAUCGUCUGUGGAUAAUAGAGAUAGUUUGUUUAUAGGAUAUUAAGUUAAAAUAGUGUGUGUGUGUGUGUGGACUAAGAAUUUGUCGUUAUAAUCUCAGCUGUGUUGCGAAUGACCCGUGAGUUCAAGAGUCCAGAAAUGCUGCGUUGUUUACUUCUAAUUAUCGUGUCCUGCUUCGCUUCGUACUCGCUGUGCGGGUCGUGUCCUCCGACGUUGUCCGUGGACAUUUGCGAGCCGAUGUGUGGUCCCGGUCAGGAGUGUAACGGGACUCAGCUCUGCUGUCCCACGCACUGCGGUGGAGCCAUGUGUGUUGACGCGAUGACUCAGAGGCACUUUGUUCAUUUAGUAAAGAAAGGUAAUUGCCCCGAGUUUCCGCGCGGCCCGUGGAUCUGCUCCCACACUUGCACCGGCGACUCGGACUGCCCUCGUGCCCUCAAGUGCUGUCACAACCGCUGCGGGGUCCUCACCUGUCAGAAGCCGGAAAUAGAUCCCGAACCAUUUGUUGAACUGCCAUAGAUCUAAUUUUGAAAAUACAUAGGUAUAUAUCUAAAAAAAGAGUGUUGCCAGAAUUAGGUUUUAUGGAGAGCCCUAAU